AGACAAUCUGGCAAGUCGGCAACCUGAGUGGGCGUCUUGUGGGUUGUCAACUGCUCCUUAUCACUGUUUUACCCCGGUUCAGGUGUUCUACGGGCGCGCAGGUGCAGAGAGAGAGAGCAGAGCAAGUUGUGUGUGAGUUGUCUAUAUGCCUCGGGAGUUACGGAGACGAGGAACAAUGGAUAACACUGAACUGGCCCCCAUCGCUGACACCAGGGAGACAGAGGCUGAGGAAAUAGGACCAACCCAUCGACCUCUGGAAUCGGAAGACGACGGAAUAGACGACGGGUUUGGCCCCGCUCCACCGACCAAUGGGGUGCCCCGCCGCUCUCCCUACCCCGGCACCUUCACCCCCACGGUACUCCCCUCACCCCAGCCCCUCCCCCAGCCUCACCCCCAGCCACAACCCCCUCACCGUGGCACCAGUAGGCCUGGUAAGCGUCCCCUGGAUGUGAACUUGUACGCCACCAAGAAGACAGUGGCGCAGGGCAUGAUGGACCUGGCACUGCUCACCGCCAAUGCCAACCAGCUGCGCUACGUCCUGGAGUCUGGCAAGUAUGGCAACCCCACCGCCAACUAUUACAUCAGCCUCACCCUCAUUGGCUUCAGUAUUGCCAUGCAGUUAAUGAUAGGAGUGGCGCUGAUCUUCCUGGGGCGCUACAAUGUGUCGAGGGAACACCACGCACAGAAGGCCGACAAGCUCAACAAUUGGGUGGUGCUGGGCGUCUUCAUCAUCACCGUCAUCAAUGUCUUCAUCUCCUCCUUCUCCAUCGAGCCCUUCCACGGUGUCGACCCGGUGCUGCUGCGGAGUGUGGCCGAGGGAAAGGUGCCAGCCCCGGAUGUCACCGAGAAGAUCAGCAACAUUAACGGCCUUUGAGGUCACACAUGUUGGUUGGUGUUUGGAUGUGUUGUGGGGUGUGUUGUGGUGUUUAUUCUUGUCUUGAAGGUUGCACACAUGUUGGUUGGUGUUUGGAUGUGUUGUGGGGUGUGUUGUGGUGUUUAUUCUUGUCUUGAAGGUCGUACAUAAAAUGAAAGGGAAUUUGAAUGCCAUAAAAUUUUGAUAGAGAAUUUGAAUGUCCUUUAGAAUCUUGUGAAUAUUCUUAAAAGCACUAAGCUCUCUAACUAGAACCUUUUUGAUAGAGGUUUUGAAUGUUCCUAAGAAACUUGAGAAUAUUCCUAAAAGCACUAAAUGCUGACUAGAACCUUUUUGAUAGAGGUUUUUAAUGCCCCUUAAAAUCUUAAUAAUUGUCCUAGAAACACUAAACACUGGCUUUAUAUUUUUAUGAUAGAGAAUUUGAAAGCCAUAGAAUAUUUUAACAAAAGCCACAUAAACUCUGAUAGAAUUUAAAUACCUUAGAAUAUUAUUUAUUAAAUGAACAAAACACUAACUAUAGAUUUUUAAGAUUUUUCUAUUUAUUUAUUUAUUUAUUUAUUUAUUUAUUUUUAUCUAUUUAUUUAUUUGUUUAUAUUUAUUUAUUUUUUUUUCCGAGCCAGACUUGUUUCCAUUUCACCAUCAGUAUUUUGGCUCUUUCCUUCGUCCAAGCUCAAUUCUUUUUAUUCAACUGUUACGUUUGAAAAUAAUAUUAAUUAAAAAAAAAAAGAGAAAAAAGACUAUAUAAUUUUUUUGACAGAAUUUAAAUGCCUUAGAAUAUUUAAAACCAGCCAUAUAGAUACUGAUAGAGAAUUUAAACACCUCAGAAUUUUGAUAGCCAGAAACAAAACAAAACAUACCAUAGAAAUAUUUUGACAGAAUUUAAAAGCCUUAGAAACUUUAAACCCUGAUAGAGAAUUUAAAUACAUACCUUAGAAUUUUGAUAGCCACAAACAAAACAUUAUAGAAUUUUUCUGACAAUUUAAAUACCUUAGAACAUUUAAAACACCCAUGCAAACCUUGAUAGGGAAUUUAAAUACCUUAGAACCUUUAAAAAAACCCACAUAAAUACUGAUAGAGAAUAUAAAUACCUUGAAAUCUUUAAAACACCCAUAUAAACUUUGAUAGAGAAUUUAAACAUUUAAAACACCCAUAUAAACUUUGAUAGAGAAUUUAAACACCUUAGAACCUUUAAAAAAAAACAUGUAAAC